CCCCUCCCUUCUCUCCUGCCUCUCACUGCCCAUGCUCCUGUUCCUCUGACCGAAGCUCAGAGCCGUAAUGGCGGCCGCGGAGCACCGCACACAGACCCCGUGUCCCGGUCCAUAAUCCACGGUCCUCCGCGCAGUCACGGCCCGGACUCGGCUCCGGGCUCUAGGGAGGACUCUCCGCUUCGACUUUACCCGGAUAUAGGCGCGUAAAACAUGGACGAACACCCGGGAGCGGGGGGGAUGGCGGCGGGACAGACACGACAGGCUACGCCGCCUCAGCAGCACUCUCCGCCGGGCAGCAACGGCAACGCAGCCCCGCCUCUGUCCGGAGCUCCGGGAGGUGUCAUGUUGAGCCACCAGGCCGACGAGCUGCCCCGGCCCCAGCAGCAGUACACUAUCCCCGGGAUCCUGCACUACAUCCAGCACGAGUGGGCCCGCUUCGAGAUGGAGAGGGCGCACUGGGAAGUGGAGAGGGCCGAGCUGCAGGCCCGUAUCGCCUUCCUUCAGGGUGAGAGGAAAGGACAGGAGAACCUAAAGAGUGACCUCGUCCGCAGGAUAAAGAUGUUGGAAUUCGCCUUAAAACAAGAAAGAGCAAAAUACCACAAACUUAAGUAUGGCACAGAGCUGAACCAGGGAGAGGUGAAGUCUCCAAGCUUUGACUCUGACACGAGAGACUCUGACGUGUCAACCGUUCCUCCCAACAGUCAGCUCACCUGGAAACAGGGACGGCAGCUGCUCAGACAAUAUCUCCAGGAGGUGGGCUAUACGGACACCAUCUUGGACGUUCGGACCCAGAGAGUGAGGUCUCUCCUGGGUCUGUCCGGGUCUGAGCCAAACGGAGCCGUGGAGAACAAGAACCUACCCCUGAUUAACGGCACAGACAGACGGAAAGACAAGAGGAGUCCUGGAGAUGUUCUGGAAACAUUUAACUUCCUGGAAAACGCAGAGGAUAGUGAUGAAGAAGAGGAUGAGGAGGGAGAGGGGGAAGUGAUGGACCUGAGCGAGAAACCACGGGCCAAAAAACACAAGAUACACCAGGCGGGACAUGAGGGGCUGGCGACCGAGGAGGAUGCAGACACAGAGGAGGCCCUGAAAGAGUUUGACUUCCUGGUCACAGAAGACGGAGAAGGAGCCGGAGAAGCCCGAAGCUCUGGAGACGGAACAGAGUGGGCUGAGCCUCUAGCGUUCCCAUCCUCUGGUGGGAAGUCCUUCUUGUUGGGAGGAGAGGCAGUUUUGGAGAGUGUUCUGGGAUUGGGGGACCUUGCUGACCUCACAGUGACAAAUGACGAGCCCGACUAUGGAUACGAUCUGCAGUCGAAUCAGGAGUCCUCGUUCAGAAAAACCUGGAACCCAAAGUACACGCUGAGGAGUCAUUUUGACGGUGUGCGAGCUCUGGCCUUUCACCCCACCGACCCGGCCCUCCUCUCUGUGUCCGAGGACCACACCAUGAAGCUCUGGAACCUGACAAAGACUGUGCCCGCCAAGAAAAGUGCCUCUUUCGACGUGGAGCCUGUUUACACGUUCAGAGCUCACAUAGGUCCAGUCCUGUCUCUGGCUGUGACUCCCAGUGGAGAGCAGUGCUUCAGUGGAGGUCUGGACUCUUUCAUUCACUGGUGGAACAUCCCCAGCACUAACACUGAUCCCUACGACACAUACGAUGCCAGUGUUCUGGCGGGCUCGUGGAGCGGGCACUCGGACGCCGUGUGGGGAUUGGCUUUCAGCGGAAUCAAGAACCGGCUCCUGUCGUGUUCUGCUGAUGGAACUGUAAAACUGUGGAACCCCCAAGAGAGGGCGCCAUGUGUGUGUACUUUCAACGCAGACAGAGAGCACGGAACCCCCACCUCCGUGGACUUUAACGGUACUGACCCCGCCCACA